UUUGGGACCCAUUAUGUUUUUGAACAACCAACGAAACAUUAGCCAUUAGCCUGCUGCCUGCGACAGUGUUGCGACCUGGUCCCGUCAGAGAUGGUGUCAACGAUAUCUUCUUCUUCAGCUCCAUCAAGUUGUUCGCUUCUCUCCUCCGAGUUCUUUCCAACUCGGUCGACUCAGCCAUUCAAAGCCGCUUCGCUUUCAUGGGUUUCUUCUUUUCCUCCGGUAAACAUAUCCAUAAGCUCCAUUGCAGACCCUCCCACUCCCACUCUCAACAAGAAUUCUGUUGUUCGAGCUGCAUGGACCCGGAGAUCUCGAGGAGAAGCUGCAAAGAAGCCUAACAGGAAAUCGUGGAAACAGAAGACUGAUAUGUAUAUGAGGCCAUUCUUACUGAAUGUUUUCUUUUCAAAAAAGUUUAUCCACGCAAAAGUGAUGCAUCGGGGAACAAGCAAAGUGAUAUCAGUUGCUACCACGAACGCCAAGGAUGUUCGGAGCAACUUACCCUCACUCACAGAUCACAACGCAUGCAGAGUUAUAGGGAGGCUUAUUGCUGAGCGAUCAAAGGAAGCUGAUGUUUAUGCAUUGUCUUAUGAGCCCAGGAAAGAUGAACGGAUUGAAGGUAAGCUUGGGAUUGUUCUUGAUACCAUUAAAGAAAACGGGAUCAUAUUUGUUUGAACUAAUUAGUGAACUCUUUUAGCCAUGUUUGCUGCAAUUGAAAUUAAAAUGUAGAAUGUUUAUCAUUGUUUCACCACCAAAUGAAUGCCUCACAAAUUGGUUGGUUUGAA